AUGUCAUUCCUCUUCAAAUAUUCUGCGGUCCUGCGGAUCAUCAAGGCGCGUGAGUGCUGUCACAGAUUGAAGAGAGAGAAGAAGAAGGUGUUCAAGUGCAGAGAGACAGAUAGCAAGAUAUAUUAUAAUGCCUUGAAGAGGCUCUAUGACACUGUCUAUGAGAGAUUGAAAAAGAAGAUAGUGAAGAGUCUUAUACAGCAGCAGUCUCAAAUGCACUUCAUGAUUCAGAAUAUUGAGAAGGCAGCUCUGCUCUCUGAGCAUGUCAAUCUGCUUAUCACUGAGAUGAAACCUGAGACAGCAGACCAGGAAAUGCGGGAUUUUGAGAUGCAGGUUAACCUGGCUGAGGGAGAGCAGUGA